GUGCUGGUGGCUCUACAGGCAGAGGCGGUGAGUCAGCGGCGGCGGCAGUAGUAGUGUCUCCGGAUCUGGAAGUGCCGUUGGUGUUAAUAUAAAUUAUUCCCCCUAACUACUUGUUUUAUACAAAAAUGGCGCUUCCUGCAGCUCCAAAUCUGCAGUUAAAAUCAGAAACACAAAGCAGCCCGAUGAAUGACCCUGAAAAUAACAUUCACAUCGACGAGAAAGAACUGGAAAAUCUAACCAGCAAUGAUCAAGACGGUACAGCCCUCCCUCUCCAUUCUCCAUGGACAUUUUGGCUUGAUAGGUCAUUACCUGGAGCUACAGCAGCUGAGUGUGUAUCUAACUUAAAGAAGAUCUACACGGUUCAAACAGUACAGAGUUUCUGGGGUGUUUAUAAUAAUAUUCCUCAAGUGUCUUAUCUGCCUCUGAGGUGCAGUUACCACUUAAUGCGAGGAGAAAGGCGGCCGCUAUGGGAAGAAGAAAGCAAUUCAAAAGGAGGAGUAUGGAAGAUGAAAGUACCUAAAGAAAGUACGACUGUAGUUUGGAAAGAAUUAUUACUUGCCACUAUUGGAGAACAGUUUGCAGACUGUUGUGCAUCAGAAGAUGAAGUUGUUGGUGUCAGUGUUAGUGUCCGAGAUCGAGAAGAUGUUGUUCAAGUCUGGAACGUAAAUGCAUCAUUUGCAAGUGAAGCAACUAUUUUAGGAAAGAUCUAUGAGCUUCUCCCACACAUAUCUUUUAAGGCAGUAUUUUAUAAACCUCACGAGGAACAUCAUGCUUUUGAAGGAGGCCGUUCAAGACAUUAGCUGCACUUUGUACAAAAUUUACACUUCUGUUGUGUGUUGAGUCGAACAUAGUGUACUGGAUUUUACCCUUGCUGAUACAGUACUGGUUUCUAAAAUUGAAACGCUACAUAAAGUGUGGUAAAAUGUCAAAAGCAACCAUCUCAAUUUGUAAAGUUCAGCAUAACAUUACAAUUUAUACAUUGCUGUAUAUGUUAUUGUGUUUUAAGUGCUAAAGAGAUUUUUUUUUCAUUUAACCAUUCCCUUAUGUUUACCAUUUUGCCUAGCCAUUAACUUUUUGAGGGCGUUCCUGCUUUUCCAAGUAAGACAUCCAAGUGGUUUUGUUCAAAUACAUUGAUUUUGUAAACAACUUUAAGUAGAACACAUGGGUAACAAGCAGCUCAUUCUAAUGUUCUAGUACAAGUGUGCAUACUCGCUUGCAUAACUUUUUAAGUCACAACCGUUUUAAAACAUAAUCUAGAGCCACUCCUAGUGGUAAACAAAUACUGUCUUUCUCCCAUGGGAAGAAGUAAUGCACUGCAGUUUUUUUAGCUCACCGGUGCAUACAUUUUAAGUUUUUUGUAAAAACAUUGCACUGAUUUUUCACAAUGUCAGUAGCACAUAAAUACUGUAGUGGUAGCUGGCGAUUGCCGGUUUGCUCUUGUUUCUCCACUGUGUUUAAAAUAUGGUGACUUUAGUUUAUUCCAUGCGUGAUGCCAAACAAUUUAAAUAUUUUAACUGGCAUAUGCACAGUAUUCUUUGAAGAUACAAUAAUAACGUUGCCAGUGCUUAAAUGUAACCCCAGUCCAAUGGGCAGUGGAAUCUGUGAUUUGAUUUAAAUGACUGUUGCAGACAAAGGUUAUAAGUGUAGUCUCCAUGUGACCUGUUUUACAGCAACCUUCUUUAAUACAUGUUACUUAGUGUUGUGAUAGUCACUUUUACAUUGCAGAUAUACGUACUUUCACACUUGUGCCAGUCAUUUUGCAUAAAUUGACUGAAUAAAAUGUAAUGGUGACCUUUACAGAUUCCACUGUGCAAUGUAAGAUCUCAGUACGAGGUGCACUGUAUUCCCCUGCAUUAAAUGUCAAAUCUUUCAAAGAGUAGACAGUAGAAAGGUUUGAUGUGAAAAUCCUUGGCACCAAGAGUCGGUAUGUUAUAAUUUGUACUGUAUUUUAUGUAAUAAUACCAUGUCAAAAUUGUAGCUCUAUUUGUUUUGUCACCAAAUUAAAACAGUUUAAAAAAUAUACCUUGCUUGUAUUAGGAAAAACGAUUGGCCAGAUUUAUACUGUCACAGUAUGAGUUUAUAUUGAACAGUGGGUUUACAUCCAAAUGCCUGUAUUGUCACCUUGGAUUGGGAGCUGUUUGUACAUGUCAUUGCUGUGUAACCAAAGUGUUAAUGUUUAAAUUGUGUUGCAUGGUGUAGAAUACAACACUGAAAGGCUAUGAAUGUACACUUGCCCUGCCUAAAUUAUUCCCAGAUACUGUCUACUUUGAAUUUUUUUGCUAUAGGAGUUGCAAAAAUACCAUUGUGUUCAAGACAUUAACAAUUUUAGAUUUCAUUUUAUAAACUUUGGAUCUCAAAUAUUAAAACACCCGUAAAAGUUUUGACUUCCAUUUUGUUUCAAAUACAUUGUCAACAUUAAGGUUAAGGUGAGUCAUGAGAGGCCUGUUUUCUUUCUUUUUUUUUAAUCACUCAGGUCUAACUGUGGAAAUGCACUAAAGCACAAAAACGUUAAACAUCGAGUUUAAAGUUAUAUUUUAGUAAACAUACUUUAGGCACAUCAUUGUAAUCCAGAUGUGUUUUUUUUUUUUUUUUUUUUUUUUUUUUUAAAUACAGCAUUUGUUAUAUGAAGCAUCCUUAAAGUAUAGACAUUGAUGUUUUUUAAACAGUAUAUAUAAUAAGAUAGUUGUCAGAUAUGAGACCUUGUGAAAGCUAACAAUGUUCAUAAUUUACAGAAUGUGCCUUGUGUUCUCCCAGGGUUUAAACAUUUAUAGAAUGUGAUGUUUAUUUUUAAUAGUAGUUCUGUAUAUGAAAUAUUAUU